AUGGCUGGCUUGGUCAUUGCUCAUCCCUCAACAGCCACCGUCUUUCCCAUUGACCCUGCUCGCCCUUCAGCUCCGCAACAAAUCAACGGGUCCGCUUCACGAUACUCUCCGUUCAAAGUAUGUAUUCAGACGAGCACGACGGCGGCGGCGGUUGUAAGACUACGCACCGUGACCGUGCACGAGACGACCAACCAACCGACCAAGCCGCCUCAGCCAAUUCUCCCAGCAACGCGGCUGUGGCAGGUUCCGUCCUACAGGGCUCCCCUACUUGGCCCUGUGCUUGUGCGCCUUUCCCUACCAGAUCAUGUCAGGACCACGGCACCUUACAUGGCAUCUUGCCUCGCCGCACUUAUGCGCAUCAUACCUGCUUUGCAGCUGAUAUCUCCCGCUGUACGGUGUACGAGUAAGCCAGAUCUCUCUCAUGCCAGCUAUUUUGUCUGCUCUGUGCGCGGCGCCGUGCAGUGCAAGGCCCUGUGCCCUUUGUCUAGACUGCAGCCCCCUCGACUGAAAACCACGGCGACCUUUUGUGGCAUAGACGGGGGCAGCGCACCAGCCUCCGGGCCGCUUUUUGCUGCAGAUCACUAG